AUGGAUUCACAAUAAAUUCAUUGUCCACUUUCAGAAUUGAUGACCAAUGAAGAAAUCAGAGAAUGGGCUUUCUCCCUGGAUCCUCAACCUGAGAAGAAGAGCAAGUUAAACUCCUCCAUGCCUCAAAUAAGCAGUUCAGCUACAAUUAAUAGGGCUUGUAUGAAACAAUAGGAAUAAAAGGUCAAGUAUGUCCCUCGGAUCAUCCAACCACAACCACUUCAAGUAGAAAAUCAAAAACAAAAAAAAGAGAUUAUCCAUCGCCUGAAACUCCAGAAUAGGUUGAUGAAGGAAAUGAUUUAGUAGCAAAAAGAUUUGUUAGAACAAAUGAAGAAGUCUUGA